UUUCUUACGGCCAUUCAAACUUACAACCAAAGGAGCUAGCUCACUUUAUCUAUUCUUCCUUCUUCCUUCUUCCUUCUUCCUUCUUCCACCAUUUAGCAAUUAUCGGAUAACGUCCUUCCUCAAUGGACGCCGCACUCUCCCCUCUCAAACCUCCAUACCCUAUUCAAUCCAAGAGACCUCCACCACCUCAGUCCUCCAACCACUCCGUCAAAUUCAGCUCCGCCACACUCCACUUACCUCCUCCUUCUCCUUCUCCUCCUUCCUUCCCUCUCGAUUCCCUUCUCCACCACCUCGUCCACCUCUCUUCCUUUCCCCGACAUGCCAACUCACCCGCCGCAGCUCGUUUCCCUUCUCUCGAGGUCAAAUCGGCGAAACCCAUCUCGAGUCCCGUUCUGGGUAUCAACGGGUCUUUGAAGCUACUGUGUAAGAAGGAAACUGCGUUACUCAACUCCAUUUUGGACCACCCUUUGUCUGAAUUGAGCAGCUUCUUCGAUUCCGCGAAGUCCGAGCUGAUUAGGACCGAUGUGUUCAGUCUCGUCAAGGCUCUGGACGAUUCCGGGAACUGGGAGAGAGCGGUUUUGCUGUUCGAAUGGCUAGUUUCGGCUUCGAAUUCAGGAGAUUUGAAGCUAGAUCAUUAUGUUAUAGAGAUUGUAGUUAGGAUCUUAGGUAGAGAGUCUCAGUACUCCGUUGCAGCUAAGCUGCUCGAUAAAAUUCCUCUGCAGGAAUACACGUUAGAUGUCCGCGCUUACACGACCAUCCUCUACGCUUAUUCGCGUACAGGGAAGUACGAAAGAGCGGUCAAUCUCUUCGAGAGGAUGAAAGAGAUGGGCCCUUCGCCUACUCUGGUGACUUACAAUGUGAUCCUCGAUGCUUUCGGGAGAAUGGGAAGGUCUUGGGGGAAGAUUGUACUAGUUUUAGACGUGAUUAGAAGCAAAGGGAUGAAGUUUGAUGAGUUCACUUGCAGCACUGUGCUGUCCGCUUGUGCGAGAGAGGGUUUGUUAAGAGAGGCGAAAGAGUUUUUCGCCGAGAUUAAGUCAAGCGGAUACGAGCCUGGGACUGUGACUUACAACGCGCUGUUGCAAGUUUACGGUAAAGCGGGGGUUUACACGGAAGCGUUAAAGAUUUUGAAAGAGAUGGAGGAGAACGAUUGUCCCGCGGAUUCCGUGACGUACAAUGAGCUUGUUGCGGCUUAUGUUAGAGCUGGUUUCACCAAGGAAGCUGCCGGGGUCAUCGAGAUGAUGACGGGGAAAGGUGUGAUGCCGAACGCGAUCACUUAUACGACUGUGAUAGAUGCGUAUGGGAAGUCGGGGAAGGAGGAGGAGGCUUUGAAGCUGUUUUACAGUAUGAAGAGAGCUGGGUGUGUUCCGAACACUUGCACCUACAACGUGGUGCUUAGUAUGCUGGGGAAGAAAUCGAGAUCUAACGAGAUGGUGAAGAUGUUAUGCGACAUGAAGUCUAACGGAUGCUCUCCGAAUAGGGUUACUUGGAACACGAUGCUCGCUCUGUGUGGGAAAAAGGGUAUGGAUAAGUACGUGAACCGAGUGUUCCGCGAGAUGAAGAGCUGCGGUUUCGAGCCUGAUAGGGACACGUUCAAUACGCUGAUCAGCGCCUACGGGAGGUGUGGCUCGGAGGUCGAUGCGUCGAAAAUGUUCGGGGAGAUGACGAGAGCAGGGUUCAACGCUUGCGUCACGACUUACAACGCGUUGCUUAACGCCUUGGCUAGACAAGGGGACUGGAGAUCGGGAGAGGGCGUGAUCUCCGACAUGAAAAGCAAAGGUUUCAAACCGACGGAGACGUCUUACUCGUUGAUGCUUCAGUGUUAUGCCAAGGGAGGGAACGUGCUAGGGAUAGAGAGGAUCGAGAAGGAGAUAGUCGAGGGGCAGAUCUUCCCGAGCUGGAUGCUUCUGAGAACUCUGCUUCUCGCAAACUUCAAAUGCAGAGCGCUUGCUGGGAUGGAGAGAGCCUUCGCGCUGUUUAAAAAGCACGGAUACAAACCCGACAUGGUGAUUUUCAACUCGAUGCUCUCCAUCUUCACAAGGAACAACAUGUACGACCAAGCGCACGAGAUCCUGCAGUCCAUCCGCGACCACGAGCUAAACCCCGAUCUCGUGACCUACAACAGCCUCAUGGACAUGUACGUAAGACGUGGAGAGUGUUGGAAAGCCGAAGAAAUCCUCAAGAGUCUAGAGAAAUCGAAGCUAAGACCGGACCUCGUCUCUUACAACACGGUGAUCAAGGGGUUCUGCAGGAAAGGGCUGAUGCAAGAAGCGGUUAGGAUGCUGUCUGAGAUGACGGAGCGUGGGAUCAGACCGUGUAUCUUCACUUACAACACGUUUGUUUCGGGUUACACGGCGAUGGGGAUGUUUGGGGAGAUAGAGGAUGUGAUCGAGUGUAUGGCGAAGAAUAAGUGCAGACCAAAUGAGUUGACGUAUAAAAUGGUUGUGGAUGGUUAUUGCAGAGGAGGGAGGUAUAGCGAAGCUAUGGAGUUUGUAUCAAAGAUUAAAACUCUUGAUGCUUACUUUGAUGAUCAGUCCAUCCAACGGCUAGCCGUUCGAGUACGUGAGAAUUUAGAAUCCUAAAUCAAUUAUAUAUUUGUUUGUUUUUUUUCUUUGUAGAUUUGUGAGUUUUUGUAUUAAAAUUUACAUUUUACUUGAAAUAAAAAUAAGCAACUUUGUUC